AUGUCCGUCGCUACUUCUCCUCUCCUUCGUCCUCUGCAUCAAUUACAAUUCCCCAAAUGCCCUCGCCUUUCUUCCAAAUCCCACUUUCGCCCUCGUCGCUUCGACUCCCUAACCCAGAGAACCAUCCGUGCAAUCUCCGCAGUUGCAGUGGAAUCGGAGAUACGUACACAGCAGGAUCAAUCAAUUGAAGCAGACGUCUUUGCCUGCCCAAUAUGUUAUGAACCAUUGAUAAGAAAAGGCCCUCCUGGCCUGAAUUUAUCAGCAAUCUACAGGUCUGGUUUCAUGUGUAAGAGAUGUAAGAAGUCAUAUUCUAGCAAAGAUAGGUAUCUGGAUCUGACUGUAACUGCUGGCUUGAAAGAUUACACUGAAAUUCAACCACCUCGGACUGAGCUUUUCAGGAGUCCCCUUGUUUCCUUCUUAUAUGAAAGAGGUUGGCGUCAGAAUUUCAGGCAAAGUGGCUUUCCUGGUCCUGAUGAAGAGUUCAAAAUGGCUCAAGAGUACUUCGCAUCAGCUAGAGGUGGACUUCUUGUUGAUGUUAGCUGUGGCAGUGGAUUAUUUUCGCGAAAAUUCGCUAAAUCUGGAAGCUAUUCUGGAGUCAUUGCACUAGAUUUCUCUGAAAAUAUGCUUCGCCAAUGUUAUGAUUUCAUUAACAAAGAUGACACACUUUCAAUCACUAAUAUUGCUCUUGUAAGGGCAGAUGUUUCCAGGCUCCCCUUCGCAUCAGGUUCAGUUGAUGCUGUUCAUGCUGGUGCAGCUUUGCAUUGCUGGCCAUCUCCCUCCAAUGCUGUUGCUGAAAUCACCCGGAUAUUAAAAAGUGGUGGAGUUUUUGUUGGAAGCACUUUUCUGCGUUACAGCUCAUCAACUCCCUGGUUUGUUCGCCCUUUCAGAGAGAGGACUUCACAAGGCUAUGGCUAUUUAACAGAGGAAGAGAUCAAAGACCUUUGCACCUCAUGUGGUCUUACCAACUACUCAAGCAAAAUUCAGCAGGCUUUUAUUAUGUUUUCAGCUCAAAAGCCAUAA